AUGACGAAUACAGAUACUAAUAAAUUCUAUUUCGAUCGUAAGAACUACUUCGUACGAUUCAUUCCACAUGGCAAUGAAACGGCACAGACACCCAGCAGUCAAAUCAAUAAAAAUAUCAGCCAUGCAUUAGAAUACUUUGUUGCGGAUCUGAGACGUGAUCGAAAUAAAACAAUAGAACGAUUUCUCAGCGAAGAAACUCUCGACAACAUUUUUAGCUCAAUAGCACAACUAUUAUUGAAUGAAGAUAAUCGAAUUUGUGGCAACAGCGCUUAUAUAAUUGGUAGUGCAGUCGAAUUUGAAUCCGGAUUAAAACGCUUCCUAACUAUAUUUUCACAAGAUCGUACAGAAAAUACGGUGGAUAUCAUCCAAACACUAAGCAAUUUAUUAUCACAUUCGGAUUCGGAAUGUGCAAUGAACGCAGCGGGUAUACUUGGUACUAUAUGCGGCUCAAAAGAAGGACGGAAUCUAAUCUUAAAUCAUGCCUGUAUAUCACAAAUGAUCACCAAUACAUCGUCACUAUUAUCUUCUGAAAACUCAUGGAUUGCUAGUAACGCUGCAUUAGUCUUGGCUAGACUCACUGUUGAAGAACUUGGCUCUCAAGCAAUAUUAACGCAUCCAAAACAUCGACAGAUUUUGAAUGAGAUGCUAGCUGCACUCGACGUGAGUUAUCCGGGACGAGCAACCAAUGCUGCGUUUGCAAUAGGACGUUUGAUCGAAGGAGAUGAGGGAAAGAAAAUCUUUGUAGCUGCUUGUGGACAAUACAAAAUUUUUGACGCGCUGUUAUUGAUGAUGGAAGUGAAUGAAGAAAAAGGUCGAUACUUUCCAUCGGAUUCUGCUNGUCUCACUCGCUACGAAUUAUUUUGUAAUCGACGAUGUAUAUAUUCCGGUACAGCUCAAGAACAUCGUGCAACAAUGCUCAAAUCAGAUACAGAAUAUACUAUGGAAGUAGCGGCCGUCACUAAUGAAGGUCGAUUUCGCAGCAAACCAGCAAAAAUUCGAACUUUGAAAGAUGAAUUUAAUAAUGCACAUCGAUAUUCACUUUAUGAACCACUAUCUCAAAGUCCGCCCCGAGUGAAACGUACUGAAACAGUCAGUUCUUUGUAUUCCUCAGCGACGAAUCUUAGUUCAUCAAGAGCGUCAAUGUCUUCUGUUGGACGACGUUUAUUUCGAGAAGGAACACAUGCAAGUCGAAAUGUCGAUAUGAGUACUACCGUUCCCAUCCAACUCGCAUCAGGCAAUCUUAGCAACAGUCGCACCUUACCAGCAUUAACACGAAGUCUUCAACCUCGUGCGCCCGAAUCUAUUAGAAGACGUGAUGUGCAACGGUAUCGAACUGAGCCCAUUUCGAUAAAUCAACUUCAACCUCAAACGAAGUUCAUAUCCGCUUCUAUGAUUGAACCUAUUCUUGAAAUCGACCAUAAACCUCAAGUGAGAUGGGCAUCGCCAGUUCGACAAUCCAUCCCACAAACAACAGCUUUUCGACUUUCAGCAACGGACAAAUCAACAUUGAGUAUGCGCGAUGCACAACGUGCAGACCGAUCUGUAUCAGUUUCAUUGCCAGAUUUGCCAUCGAAUGUACCACGAACUCAAUCAUGUCAUCAAACUCUCAUUUUCUCUUUCGUAAUUAUGACAUCGAAUGGCUGGUUCAAGAAAAUAAAAGAUCAAGCACAAACCGUACAAGGCUCCGCGAAGAAAAGCCUGGUAAAAUUCACUGAUUCACUUGACAAGAAACUCAAAGAAGCUCAAGAUGAUUUAGAAAAGCAACGUCUCAAAGCUGAAUCGACGAGAUUAGAAGCUGUUCAGCAAAAUAUCUGGCGACCUUCCGUAGAAAAUCCAGAUGGUGCAAUUCUAACAGUUACAAAGCCAGUACCACCCGCAUUACCCGCUAUCCCAGCACUACCAGAAAUUCCGUCGAUACCUAGCCCAACUUCUGAACCUUUAACGAUACCUCAUACGAAAGGAAGACGACGUAGUUCAAGAAAAAAUGGUACAGUCUUUGGUUCAUCUUCGACUCUCGAUGCCGAUAAUGAAUCAAGUCGUGAACCUAAGAUUCAUUUCGACGAACUGAAAAGUAAUGAGAAACAUGCUAAACUGCCUGAGAACACGAUUAUCACCGAGCAAAUUAAUCGCGAACAAGUCAUCGCAUGUCUACAUGAGCUAUUGGAUGUAAUAGCAAGUGUUCAUGAACUUGUUGAGAAUGCUGUAACCAUCGAUACAUCGGAAAAAGACAAACUUCAACUAGCACAAGAUUUAGUCGAUCAUUACGACAUUGUUACAAGUAGAUCCAAUGACGAGAUUAUUGAGCAGAAUGAACUUUUAGAUGAAUCCGAAGACCAGAAAAAUAUCAAUGAAGACGCCAGCGAUGACAAUCAUCCGUCAGUUGAACUACCGAAAGAAGAAGAACUGCAGACGCUAGACUCUAUCCCAACAGAAGAUGGCACUCCAAUUGCACAAUUGGACUUUGAAACUGUUCAAAAAGAAACAGUCGUGUCUAUUACAACGGUUGACGAUCCGAAAAAUGCAUUAAAUGAAACGCAAUCUCAUGUUGAAGACGAUGAUGAAAACAAAACCAGUGAUGAACCAUCAGCUCUCACCACUAAUAACGACAUUUUGGCGACAUCCAGUAAUGUUGAUGAUGAACAAUCAUCACAGUGUACACAUGUGGAUACGGACCCAAUCGAAGAUGAAUUAUCCACAUCAACAGAUAAUACAGAAGAUAUUUCCAAAACACCGCACAAUGAACUGGAGGAUUCAUUUGAAAAAAUAUCGUCUUCUCAGUCAAUCACCCAGCAGUCAACGGAAGAAAUUUUACAGAAAUCUACUAGUUUAGCUGAACUGCGUAUGUUUCUCGCUAAAAUCGACAACGAUUCAGACGCCGAUGUAGAGCUCAUAUCGACCCAAUAUCAAACAACAUCGACCGACGAAGUUGAUAGUAACUGUUGUGAAAUAAAUGACGAUAUAUCUUAUUCAGACGAUGCCACCCACACAUCAGUUUGUUCAAAUUCGCCUUCAAUUCCUUCAUUGGACUAUGUUACCACGGAUUCAGUAAGUGACGAUGUAUUUGUGGACGGAAUGGGCGAUCAAAGAACUUCCACAAUUACAAGCGAAGAAAAAGUAAUAGAAAGGAUGUGUUUUCCAUUGGCUUCUUCUCAUUCACUUCCAUCGGGCAUAAAAAUCUCUUCCAUGACUUGUUCGUCAACGUAUAUUUACGUGUGCACGAAUAAUCAGAAAAUUUUCUACGCUAAAAUCGCUAACGAUUCUGAUCUUGGCUCUCAAUUACAAUGGCAGCAGCACUCUGACUUCGCUGAACAACUUGCUGUUAGUGUCAGCAAUCGAACUGUAUGGCGUCUAUAUAACAAACGUCUCUAUUCAUCGAUCGAUGCCGUCAGAUUUCCCCCAAUAGGUUCUCGAUGGAACGAAAUCAAGCUAGAUUCGAUAUUGUUAAGUAUGUCAAUCAACGAUCAAUGUGGCUGGUAUAUCAAGAAAGGUGGCUCACUCUGGUUUAUUCGAACAACAAAUAAUGACAAGCAACAAACAUUGAAUGUUCCAUGUCCGUUCAAUUUGAUAGGUGUCUUUUGCUUUGCUGAGAAGGUGGGUGUAACAGCAUCCACCGGAGAAAUUAUGAUACGUGUUGGAUGCACCAAUGAUUGUCCUGAAGGUGACGGAUGGAUUUUUAUUGAUCAUAAUUUUGGCCCAAUUGAUGACUUCGUGUUAUUGCCAAAUACGGAUACAAUUUUCAUUGUGGAUAAACAGCAUCGUCUAUGGCUACAACAAUGUUUGCCGGAUCAAGGCUCUUUCGAAGUCUUACGUGGUGAUGAUGAUGAUUGGAGUGCACAUCAUCGGCGACAUGUAGCUGGUGUCAAUUCAAGCCUAAUAUGUUUAACUGAUCGUGAAGAAAAACUGCAUAUUUUCUCGAAUUUUCUGACUGGUAUUCAAUGGAGAUUGAUUCAGAAGACAACUCGUUUCCAACGUUUAAUCGGUGUAUUUUCCAAUGAAAACCAUGUGUGGGCAUUGAAUACUGAUCGAAUGAUCUGCACAUCGAAUCAUCAAACACUUGAAAAGCCGCGACAGUGUCAAUACAUAACCCAUGCCACAUUCGUUCCAAAUAACUUCUCGGAAAACACUGUCCUCUGGUCGUUGGACGAAUCUUGUAAUAUUUAUGUUCGGCCGAACAUCGAAAUUAAUACUCAAUGGGAACAGUUAAAUCAAAGUCAAUUCGAAUGGAGUCGAAGGUUGGUACAUAUGGUUUGUAAUCAUGCAGGUGUAUGGGCUGUUGAUGAUCAAGGAUUAAUUCACUUCCGUCAUGGGCAUAUUUCUGCAAGUGAAAACAUGGGUGACAGUGAAUUGUCAUUGUUGCCACCUGCUUGGAUCACAAUUCCUGGAGAAGCAAAACGACAUCGAUAUUUUUCACAAGUUUUCUGUGGACCAGCAGAUUGGAUGGUUUAUGCAACUGAUAAUAAACAAACUGUUUAUGCUCGACUUGGUGUCAAUGAACAAAAUCGUGUUGGAACAUCAUGGAAGCCGAUCGAAGAUUGCUCAGCUCUUGAGCUAGCAGUUAGUGAGCGCACACUGUGGCUAUUGACAAGCUGUGGAGAAAUUCAAUGUCGAGAAAAUAUUUCUCUAACAAAUCCUGUUGGGACACGAUCGAUAACGUUACCGGGUCAUUUUCUUUCUUUGACUGUCUCGACAGACGACAGUCAAGUUUGGGCAUUAGAUUCUGCACGUAACCUACUGAGACUUGAUUACUUAACUGUUUUAUUUGAAAAAUAA